AUGAAUAAAUUACUUUUUAAUCGAUGGACCUUGACAUUUGAUAAUAAAGAAUAUGAAGAUUUAUAUGAAAUUGAGAUGAGUAAAUACAGACUGCAAUACUUUCGAAUCAUAGAAAUAGUCAUUAUGCUUUUAUGCUUUUAUUUUUUCACUAUAUAUUUGAUUGAUGGACAACAUGUUUUUUUAAUUAUCACUUUGGCAGUUUCAGGUGCUUUCAUCCUAGGUGUCCUGAUAAUUACCCAAAAAUUUGACAAAAAGAUAAGAUAUUAUUACUUUUUUACAUAUUUGAUUUCUAUUACCAUAAGUGUAUACGUCGCCACAUAGACUAAAUAAAAGUAAUUAGUAGUUUUCAUUUUUUUAGAGCUCUUUAUUUAUAUGGUUUUUAUAGUGGAUCAAUUUCAGUUAUCUAGUAUCUGUUUAGCAACUUUCGCUUAAGAAUAUUAGCAUUUGUACUUGUUCCAACAGUUUAAUUAUAUAUAAUGGAUGCACUUACUUCCUAAGAUUUUUCUUAUAUAAUCCUUGUGUUUACUUCUUAGUUUUUAGUAAUUGUAUAUUCCCAUUAUAAUGAAUUCAUGUAUCGCUUAGCCUUUUCUCAUAUGCAUUAUAAUAUUAAAUUGAAGUAAUCCAUAAUAGUUUUAUACUAGAGAAAUACUUGAUGAAUAUGUACCUAAUUGUUUCUUUGCAAUUAGUUUGAAUCAACAUAAUAAUUAGUUUUAAUUGGAAUUCGUAAAUUAGCAAGGCAAAGCUUAAUUUAAUAUUGAAGAUACAAAAUCAAUGAUAGAUAUUUUGAGAAAUAUUUAUGUUGGACAUAAGAGUUAAAUAAAUACAAUUAUUGAUUUAUCUUAGAUUCAAAUGUGUAAAUCAGGAGAUAUUUCAACAAAAAAAGUUUAAAUGAAAAGAUAAACAUUGGAAGAAUAUUCGUUUUAUAAAAUUAAACAGAACUUAUAAAUAAUUAAUGAUGAUUUAAAGAUUAUAGAGUAAUUAGAUGGCGUUUAUUUUGAUAAUUAGAAAUAAAAAACAAGUAUUCUAAAUAUAGAUAUCAGAUAAUUGAGUUAUGGAAAAAAUUACUUAUUAUUCGUUUUAAAAGAAGAGAAGCCAUAGCAAAUGAUGUCAAAAAGUGAAGAAUAAAUCAAAUUUUUAAAUAAAAUAGUCAUAUUUGUGACAAACUAAUUAUUUGCAUCACUUUCUCAGCUAUCUAGUUCUAUAUAAACUCUUAAUAGUACUACAUUAGAUAAUGAGAGAAUUCGAUCUAUUUUAUGUUUAAAUUUAUCUAUUAUGAAUUAAUUUCAAAAUUUUUACUAUUUUGUAAACUCUUGUAAAAUAGAUAAUGAAUCAGUUAAUUACAAGGUUGUUAAUUUAAAAAAAUUCAUAAAUAAUUUAGAACCCUACUUUUCAUAUAUGUCGAAUGCAUCAAAAAAAAUAUUUGUUAUAUAAAUGAAUAUAGAAGAGUUCAAUAUUAAAAUAAAUUCUAAAUUUCUUUCUUAAAUAAUAGUAAACAUUUUUGAAUAAUGUUUGUCAUAGGCAGAUGUAAAUACAACUAUAGAAUUAACUAUUACAACUGAAGCUAAUUUGAAUCCUUUAAGAUAAGAAAAUAAUCAAUAAGAAAGAUGCAGUAUUCAAGAAUUUGAUUUUAUAUAAAAAGUUGCAGUUGAAUCAGAAGAAAGUCCAACAAAAACAGAAGUUUAGAAGCUAAUAAAAUUUGAGUUUUCUUUUUUAAGUGAAAAAUAAAUCGAAUUAUAGCCAAAAAAUUAAUUAAUUUUAAAUCCUUAAACUUUUGAAGAUUUUCAAUUCAAUAAUAAUUAAGAAUUCCUAUUAAUCUAUCCUAUCACUAAUUUUUUACUUAAGAAAAUAGGACCCUAUAAUGCAGUGUAGGAAUUUUAAUAUAUCAAUUGCUAAAAGAACUUAACAUCAAAAUAAGUAAUAAAUAUAUUUCCUUCAAUGAUGGAUCUAUUCUCGGCUCAACAUUUAUAUUAAAAUAAACUCUCAUUUUAUAUUUAUAGUGAUUAAACGUUGUUAACUCAAUCGUUUAUAAAGUACGUGAAGUAGAAAUCAUUUUUGGAUUAUUGA